AUGUGCCACGCAGCCCUCGAAUGGAGCUGCUCCCGCGCCGUCUCUUGCGCCGACAUCCUGGCCUUCGCAGCGCACGACAACAUCACCCUUACGGGCAACGUUGUCUACUCUGUCCUAGCCGGCCGCCACAACGGGAGGGUCUCCAUCGAGAAGGACGCCCUCGAUAACCUGCCCCCGCCCAUGUUCACCGCGCAGCAGCUCAUCGACCGGUUCAAGAACAGGACCAUCACCACCGAGGAGAUGGUCCUCCUCUCCGGCGCCCACACCGCCGGCCGCUCCUUCAGCUCGUCCUUCAUCCGCCGCAUUUGGAACGGCAACACAACCAUAGUGGAUGCAGGGCUGAGCCCGUCGUACGCGGCGCAGCUGCGGGUGCUGUGCCCGUUGAACACGUCGCAGGCGACGGCGCCGAUCGACCCGGGCUCGCCCAACAUGCUGGACAACAACUACUAUAAGCUGCUGCCGCGCGGCAUGGGGCUCUUCUUCUCCGACAACCAGCUGCGGGUCGACGGCAACCUCAACGUGCUGGUGAACCGAUUCGCGGCCAACGAGACCCUGUGGAAGGAGCGCUUCGCGGCGGCCAUGGUGAAGAUGGGCCGCAUCCAUGUGCAGACCGGGAGCUGCGGCCAGGUGCGCCUCAACUGCAACGUCGUCAACCCGACGUUGUCGUCGGUCUGCCUGGCGGACUCCGUCGAAGAGGAUGGACUCGUCGCCAAGAGCUAG